AUGGAUCAAGUUGUCCAAGAGGUGGCAGCCCACACAGGAACAGCAUACAUGGCUGAUGCCUCACUUGACAAAAUACCAAGUGAUGCCAUGGAGUGGUUAGAGAAUUGGCCUGAGGAAGAUGUUCUGUGGCCUGAUCAUCCUAUGGAGCAGCAUGCAUUGAGUGAAGAUGAGAAGGUGGAGCUGUGCUUAGCCAAAAAGGAAUGCAAAGAAAUCUUAAAACAGUGGCUGAGCUGGGCAUGGCUAUAUCCAAGACACGCUCAUUCUAUGAAAAAAAAUCGCCUAAUAACCUACUUAGGUGGUCCCCCUCACGAAACACUUGAUGCACUGUAUACCUGCUAUCUGGAGACACACUGCUCGGAUGACAUUCAUGAUGUACUGGGCAUUGUUCAGGAGAUUUUACAGGAGCUCAAAGAGAUCAAAGAUACACUUGUGAAAAAAGAAACCAUGGCCCUGUAUGCUGGCGAGUCUGAGGAGAUCAAGGCUAAAGUGAAGGAGUAUAUCCAUGUGCAGAAGCAAGGGCACAGUAAGGAAAAAGCUGAGCUUUGGAGUGACGAAGAUCAGCAGCGAAAUCUCAUGAAGCUAGCCACCAUUGCAAAUCAAUUUCUGAAAGGCCUCACUGAUGCCACUGGCCUAUCCUUCAGCCUUCUCAUUGGGGGUCCAUCUGUCAAGUUAGGUGGGAUGAUUGAUGUCUGGAGUGGAUUCACGCACCCAACUACUCACCUCCCUGGAAAUGCAGAAGAGCCCAACAGCAACAGGCCAGAUGCACUCCCUGCAUCUUCAAUGGCAGAAGAUUCUACAGAGGACUCGCGUCCCUCACCCAUCCUGUUGUAG